AUGCGUGGUCUCGCCCUGUCCCUGUCCCUGCUCGCCGCCAGCUCAACGGCCGCGGCAGCUACCAAGCCCGCGUGCGCAAAGGGCCUCUACAUGGUUGUCGCCCGAGGCAGCGAAGAGCCUGCGGGAACCGGUGUGACGGGCAAUCUCACCAGCCAGAUUGCCGCAAAGGUGCCCAACAGCCAGGUUGUGGCCGUCGACUAUCCGGCCACGCUCACCGACUACGAGGACUCCGAGGGCGAUGGCGUCAAGGCGAUGCAGCAGCUGCUCAACAACUACGGCCAGGCCUGUCCGGGAAGCAAGAUUGCAGUUCUGGGCUACUCUCAGGGCGCGCAAGUCUCGACUGACUCCAUCUGCGGUGGUGCCGGCGAGCCUUUCAUCGACGACAAGGCCAUGUCAGACGAGGUCAUGAACAGCGUCGUGGCCGUUGCCAUUUUCGGAGACCCAACCCAUGUCGCCAACCUGACGUACGACCGAGGCACCAGCGUGAACGACGGCCUCUUCAACCGAAGCGCGGCCAGUGUCGACGUGUGCAAGAAGUACGCCAGCCGCAUCAUCUCGUACUGCGACAAGGGCGACAUCUACUGCGACGCCGGCGGCAACCAGACCGUCCACCACCUGUACAUUGAGCGCUACGGCGACGAGAUUGUCGACUUUGUCGUCAGCCAGUACGAGAAGAGCACCAGCACCGGC